CUCUUCCGCGUCAAGAAACAAUGAAAAAUCCAGUAUAAUUAGAAACGAUCAAAGAAUCGUUCAAUUUCUGGAAAAUCCAUAAAGAAAACUUAAACUGGACCGCGAUGAUAAGAAUAGGAACAAAGGAGGUUCUUUUUCACAGUCCUUAUGGACGUGAAAGGUACUCAAAGAACCAUGUGAACGAAAGAUGUUUCAGAUGUCACAAUUCCAAGGAUCAUAUUCAAUGCUUUGUUUUGCUUGCAAUGUUAUACGCCAUAGGAAUUGACAUUUAAUCCCUUGUGCUUUCUUUCUCAACGCUCGCUCAACAUCUUCGUUGUUGAUACUGAAACCGACAACUGGCAGUCGACAACAUCAAAUUCCGUCCUCUUUUCCCAUUACUUCUUCAGCUCCAAUUCCCAAGCUUCAGGUAAGCAACAAGACACAAUGGCGGAGAAGAGACGCGCGCCCGACGACUAUGUGGAGGAUCUGACAAAACGACCUGAGCCAAAGACGUUCAAGAAAGUACGAUUCCAGCUUCCUCGGAAUGAAGAAGGCCUUCCUGAGAAAGACGUUCCAGCUACAAAUACAGAUGACGAGCUGAUGGCAAGAAGGCGUGUAAUGCGCGUGAAGGAGCUGGCUCACGAUAUUCUGGCUGCGAUGUACUACGACAUCCAUCGACUCUGCUGGCUCCGCAAUGACCUCAUGCACAACCGUAUCGAACGCUAUCCGGACCUACAUUUCUACAAAACUCAGCAUCAAGAAGCAACCUGGCUAUUAGACAGAGCUAUUCGCCAGGAAAUGCUUGCAAAGGUAGGCCAGACAAGCGGUCACGAUUGGACUUACGUAUCGAAGCAGGAAGCACGCCGUGUUGGUCAAUUCAUUCGACGAUUGAAUUGGAGGAUAUUGGCCAUUUGUGCACUCUCAGAAGCCUUCCGUUUGGCAUUUUAUAACGAAGAUCAAAAGGUCUGGGCAGUUUUGAUGCUCAAGAUCAAGGAAAACUGGGCCAGCAUUGACGUCUUUGCGCAGUCGCGAGGCUUGGACUGGCAAGGCCAGCUAUUGAAACAUGCGGACAAACAGAUACUGGGGCUUCAGCACGCACUGAUCCCGAGGUCCGAUGUGGCUCAUGACCACUUUCAUCAUAUGGUCCUUGCAAAUGGCUCUUUUCGAAGGCCUGUGUACGAAGGGCAGAGCCAGAUCAACAUCAGCCACGGGAAUAUAUUCAAUCCCAGCUACUUCAAAGACAAGAAAGACCCCACGAUUCGCGUUCACGACCGCGACGGACCUUGCGAUCUCUGUUAUGCAGAGCGCGAAUGCAAUUGCAGAAUACCUCGCCCGAUUCUUGCAAUGUGUUUGGUUGAACUUGUUGACUAUCCUCAUAAAGGAAUUGGAGUAAGGGCUCUGGCCAGAUUCAAGAAGGGAGACAUCCUCGACGAGUAUGUCGGGGAGCUUCGGCCUGUAGACUACAAGGAUGAUCGUGUAUACGCUCUGCUGCACGAAUCCAAGAUGACUGAAGGUCAUCCACUCGCUUUGAUAUCGGCGAAACGGCAUGGGAAUUGGACUCGGUACCUCAAUCACUCUUGCAAGCCGUCGACGACGUUUCUCAAGAUGACUGUCGGCAAGAGAACCAUUAUGGCCGUCCAGGCAGUCAGGGAUAUUGACAUUUUCGAGGAGAUUACUAUUGAUUAUGGCACGGGCUACUGGAAGAAUAGGAAGUGUCUUUGUGGGGAACCUGGUUGUUGCUCGCAGGCUGCCACCGAAGAGGAGACUGAGGCUUGAAUUCUCAUCAACUUUUCUCGUUAGUGCAUUGAUUUUGCACUUUACAGCACUUGUCAUGUUUGGGUGAUUGCGAUUAAUAUUCAAGUAUUCAUAAGAGGUUUUGUAUCUAAUGAUCAGGUUGUGGGUUU